AUGAGUACCUCCUAUUCAUCAACAUUAUCACUACGAGAAAAAAAGUCAAACAAAAAGAAGAUACACAACGUUCUAAAACAGAAAAGUGAAAUACUUUAUCGUUUUAUCCCACUUGAACAACAAAAACGUCUUUCAUCGUUGAAAAAUAGAAACAGUAGUAACAGUACUAAUAGUUCGUCAAACAAUGAAUCAUCACCCAAAUCGUCGGGGAGUACCGAUAAUAAUAAGUUCAGCGAGUUAUCAACUAAAACAUUAACAAUUAAUGAUCCAUUAGACAAAGACGGUAGUCGUCAUCAUGUUGUGCACAAAGGUAGUGAAGAAACAAUACGAAAACGUCGUGAGAAAAAACGAGCAAAACGUAGUGAAGCAAAGAAGAAAAAAAAUGAGGAAAAAGUGAUAAAAGCGAAUGAACGUUGGAAAAAGUAUACGGCUAUCGAUUACGAAUUGGCUCUAUUCAUUUCACGUUAUUAUGAUGGUUUACCAUUGUGUAUACAAUGUCGAACAUAUUUUGAAACAAAAAAGACUAAAUUUCUCGGUGAACAACCAAAUGCCAAUGAUGAUUAUGCGGCAAAGGAAGCAAUUCGAAAUACAACAAGAAAAAAUAUGACACCAAAACAAGCAGCUCGAUUGAUUAAAGACUAUGAUAAACAAGCAGAUAUUUUAUUUAAUUUAUGUGACAACUGUUUAGAAACAUGUGAAGAAAUACGAAUGGAUUUGAAAAACAUAAAUGAAGAAAAUAAAAUAAAAACUAGUACUGUUGUUCAAAAUCUAUCACCGCAACCAGAUACCGUACUAUCAUCGCUUGUUCUAACUCCACAACCAUCGGUGACAGUACCACUACCAACAAUUUAUCCUAGUUUACUUGAUAAUGAUUCAUUUAGUCCGACACUGAUAAAUCUACAACCGUUAAGUAAUACUUUCUACACAUCAGUAUCUGUUCGUGUGAAUGACACGUACAAAACUCAACUAAAGUCAGCGCCGUUAAAUUCUUAUCACACUUACGUGAAAAAUAUGCUCGAUUAUCAUCAAUCGAAUGUAGAAGAAUUGUAUUUGUUUAGUCAACACAUCAUCUCGCUUCAAUAUCAAUCACCACCUAUGUCAUCUCAUCUUCAGCAUGAGCUAAAUAUAUGUUUAUCUCAAAUGCAAUAUCAUUGUAUAGAAAUAUUCAGGUUACAAUAUCCAAGCUACACUCUUUCAAUACCCUAUGGUUCCACGUAUGAUUCAGAAUAUGUUUCAUACCGACAUACAAAUGAUUCUUUGCCAGUUGAUGAUAACGAACAAGAUCAAGAACAAGAGCCACCAACAAAAACGAUUCAUAACAAGGAUGACAGAUGGAAGCUAGAAAUACCGGAAACAACUGAUGAGACAGAGUCAGUUAACGAUGUGAAAUAUGACAAUAGAUCGACGCACCAAUUUAAAGAUGAUCAACAACGUUCACUUGAUGAUCGAUUAACGAUUAAAUCGUACAAUGGUGUCAUGGAAUAUCGUAAUGCCCCACUAGAUGAUUUUAUACGAGGAUUAGAAGUAUUAAAAUGUUUAUCAGUAUUCAAUAAAUAUCCAUCGCAGAAGAAAUAA